AUGAAUGAUGCACGAUAUUCUCAUACAGCAUCUGUAUUGCCAAAUGGAAAAGUAUUAGUUACUGGUGAAUGUAAUGGUAGUAAUAAUAUUCUGUAUAGUGCUGAGUUGUAUGAUCCAUCAACAGGUAUUUGGACAACUACUCGUGACAUGACUAAUGCACGAUCUGAUCACACAGCAUCUGUAUUAUCAAAUGGACAAGUAUUAGUUACUGGUGGAUGGAAUGGUAGUAUUGCUAUUAAUAGUGCUGAACUGUAUGAUCUAUCAACAGGUAUUUGGACAACUACUAGUAACAUGAAUGAUGCACGAGAUUGGCAUACAGCAUCUAUAUUAUCAAAUGGAAAAGUAUUAUUUACUGGUGGAAUUAAUAUUAUUGGUACUUUAAAUAGUGUUGAGCUGUAUGAUCCAUCAACAGGUACUUGGACAGCUACUAGUAGCAUGACUAAUGCACAAUAUCGACAUACAGCAUCUGUGUUAUCAAAUGGAAAAGUAUUAGUUGCUGGUGGAUACGAUAAUAGUAUUGGUUAUUUAAGUAGUGCUGAGUUGUAUGAUCCAUCAACAGGUACUUGGACAACUACUGGUAACAUGAAUAAUGCACGAGAAGUUCACACAGCAUCUGUUUUAUCAAAUGGAAAUGUAUUAGUUACUGGUGGAGCUGGUAAUACUGGUUAUUUAAAUAGUGCUGAAUUAUAUGAUCUAUCAACAGGUACAUGGACAACUACUAGCAACAUGAAUAGUAUACGACCAUGGCACACAGCGUCUGUGUUAUCAACUGGAAAAGUAUUGGUUACUGGUGGACUUGAUAAUAGCGGUGUUUUAAAUAGUGCUGAACUCUAUGAUCCAUCAACUAGUACUUGGACAAGUAUUAGUAAUAUGACUGAUGCACGACAUGAGCACACAGCAUCUGUAUUAUCAAAUGGAAAAGUAUUAGUUACUGGUGGUGGAAGUGUUGUUAAUGGUAUUACUGCUUUAAAUAGUGCGGAGUUAUAUUAA